UCUAAUGAAUUGAAUUAAAACCAGAGAGUUGGACGGGCAUGCAUUGAAGCCAUAGUUAAAGACAGCCAUAAAUUUUGGAACCUACCAAAAAGUUGGAGAAAGUAAAUAUACAAUAAACGCAGAGUGAGUUAAACACCAGUGCUAGUAAAUUUGAGGUAGACGGUCGUCUGAUUUGCUCGUGAGUCUUUGACUGCCAUCCACUCUUUGUCUACCACUCUCUAUUCUAUUUAUAUAGCUACAACUCUCAAAAAUCCUGUAGAAUACAAUUAUGGCCUCCAUUUCUCAGCUUUGUUCUUCACUAGUGCUAUUCGCUUUCAUUUUUAAUUCAUGUUUGCAUCAUAAGGUAAUUGGUGAUCAUCAAACAAGAAGAGAAGGUUUGGAGAUCAUUAUCGGUGGAGGUGGAGGUGGAGUUGGUCCCGCUCCCUCUCCUGGAUAUCAAAAUUGUCCUCCUCCUCCUCCUCCCGAGCCGAUUUGCCCGCCGCCAUCACCGCCGCUUCCGCCACAGCCUCCAUCACCGCUUCCACCGCCGCCAUCGCCGCCACCGCCACAGCCGCCGCCGCGGCAGAAAUCACCACCAAAGCCAUCGCCGCCUCGGCGGUCAUCUCCACCACCUCCGCUGCCACCAGUACCAGUUCCACCAAAGCUAAGACCACCGCCACCUCCGUCUCCAAUACCGACACCCACCCCAACCCCGUCCGUGCCGAAUGCCCGACUCAUGCGUGCUCGCGAAGUAAUUCAAAGAUUCAGGACUAGAAUUGUUGAUGAUCCACAACAUAUUACAAAUUCAUGGAAAGGUAAAAAUGUUUGCAAAUACAAAGGCUUUGUAUGUGAUACUCGUCCUGACGUAAAACAGAGGGCGGUUGCGGGAGUAGACUUCAAUGGCUAUAAUUUUAAGGGUCCGAGAUUUAGCCUCUCUGAUUUUCUUGAGCAGUUGGAUGACUUGGCAAUCUUCCACGUGAAUUCCAAUAACUUCACCCUUUCAAUCCCAAAAUUAACAUCCAAGAUUAAGUACUUGUACGAGCUAGAUGUCAGCAACAACAAGUUAUCCGGUGAGUUCCCAAUGGAAGUUCUUAACUGCAAGAAAUUAACCUUCUUGGACCUCAGGUUCAACUCAUUUGGAGGAAAGGUUCCACCUGAAGUAUUCAACCUGGAUCUUGAUGUCCUCUUCAUCAAUAACAACCACUUCUCGGAAAAUCUUCCUUCGAAUCUUGGCUCCACACGAGCUCUUUAUCUCACUUUCGCCAACAACAAGUUCACCGGUCCCAUUCCAAGCAGCAUUGGCAAAGCAAAGAACCUGCUAGAAGUGCUUUUCCUGAACAACAAGUUCUCAGGUUGCUUGCCAUAUGAAAUCGGCUUCCUGAGAAAUGCCACUGUAUUCGAUGUCAGCACCAACGUGUUGACUGGCCCCAUUCCGCACUCUUUUGGAUGUUUGGCCAGUAUGCAGAACCUCAAUUUGGCUAAUAACCAGUUUUACGGGCCGGUUCCGGAGAUGGUCUGCAAGCUGCCGAAGCUCGCGAACUUGUCUUUGUCAUAUAACUAUUUUACGCAGGUUGGACCUGAAUGCAGGAAGUUGAUAAGGAACAAGAAACUUGAUAUUCGGAUGAACUGCAUUUUGGAUCUUACAUUUCAGAGAUCACCUGAAGAAUGCCGUAAAUUCUUCUCCAAGCGGAGGACCUGUCCAAACGAGAAGUCAUUAAAUUUGAUUCCUUGUAUGAAGAAUCGUUAUGCCAAUCAUACUGAUACUUUGACGUCUGAUCAAAAGUCAACGGUUGAACUUGCACCUGCUCCAUCACCUCGGACUUAUGCUGCCCUUAAACCGCACCGCCUGUAAUUUGCUAAGCCACCGGAUCCUGAAGAUGGACGCAUUCUACUUCUAGACGUUCAUGUUUAGGCUUUGUCAUUCAUAUAUAUAUAUAUAUAUUUCUUUCCCUUU